CUAGAAAAGGGGAAAUGAUGCAAGGUGUGUGUGUUGAUUACAUGCUCUGUAUUGGGAUUACUACCCAGAAAUCAGGGAGCCUAUAUAGCGUUUACAGUGUUAAAUGCUAUAGGUUGAUGAGUUUAAGGAGGGAUAUUGAAUUUGCAUUUAAGUUAUGCAUUGACAAAGACCUAAAUUGAUGUAUUAUUUUAUACGUUGUUUGAAAACACUUCACAAGCCAUUAACAAGACUAAAAGGGGGAAUUUAAAGUAUAUAUUUGGACACCUGAUUUAGUUUUUUGUACACAUCCUUUUUUUCUUUUCUUUUUUAAUCGAAUCUGUAGAUAACGCUUUUACUCUGAAAAUAUCGCAUCGGAAGACGUAUUGUUUACGUUGGAUCCGAACGCAGGCAGGCGGGUUGAUGCCGUGGUGGUCUCAGUCUGCGAGAAGACACGUUUUAUAUUCAGUUUGACGUUCAAAUAGAAGUUUGUAUCUCGUGAGAGACGGACACAACUCUCCGAGCUGCACGAGACGAACUACGAUUUUGCCUCGUGACUCUUUCAGCCUGGUGUUGUCGGGUUUGGACCUGCCACGUGAGUCGAGAUGAAGCCGCCUGCUCGUAAACGAACUAAACCAAAUCGCAACCUGCAUCUCGAACCGGUGCGGUCUCCGCCCAAAGUGACCCGUCGUUGGCCGCGACUCGAGCAGAGGAACCUCCUGAAAGCCCUGAAGAUAUCCCGCAGCUUCACUCGAGGGAACGCAGACAUCGACUACGAUUACCUGAGGAAAUUCGUGCCCGCUCGGUCCAUUUCAGAGAUCCAGUCUGUGGUGGAAUAUUUGAAGAACAGAGUGAUCUCACUGGCGAGCAACAAGCUGAAGAAGAAGAUAUUGGAGGAGAAGAAGGUCAGAAAGCCCAUCGAGCAGUGGACACGCAUGGCCUCCGCUGUGGCUGGAACACGAGAGGAACCCAUUUCCGCUGCUUUCUCCCAGAUGCUGAUAGUGUCGUCCACAGAGCCUUGCACCCUAAGGAACUGUGACCCCCCUCAGGUCCACAGACCACCCACAGACCGGCCUGUUGGUCGCACUGUCCCUCUGAGGCCAAUGCCUCGGUUGCCAAUCAAAGUUGAGCAUCCUGGCACCAACACAGCCCGUCCUAUCCUGGUACACAAGACUCCAGGACCAGCCAUGGGCCCAGCCAGAAGACUCACAGCACCAUCCCAAGUGGAUAGAGUGCUAAACGGCAUUGUCCCUUCACCCCAGCAACAGCUUCCUACCGCAGCUGAAACCUCACCUGCUAGCACCCCCACCUCUCAGUCUGCUGCCACCUCCUGCCAACCGGGUGCAGCAGCAAAAAUACUCGCCGUGCCCGCUUCAUCUCCGCAACCCACCUCACAGACUGCGACCCCAGUUACAGGACAAGUCUCACCUGGUUGUGGCUCUGUAGCAGUGGUAAAGACUCAGAGCGUUGGCAGCUCUCUAAUCCAAACUACCCAGCAGCCCUCAGAGCAGAGCCCCACCACCAUGUCCACCAGCUCUACAUCGAAGUCCACUUCAUCUGGUCCUCAUGCGCCCUUCUCCUCUGCCACCGAUCAAACUCCGGUCCCCAGCACCGCGCCAUCCUCCGACGCCUCUUCCGCCCCCCCCAAGCCCCCGCUCUCCACCCCCGCCGCGGCAUUCCACACCAAGUUUGGUCGCACCAACAAGUACGCCACAGAUGACAGUCCCAGGAUAUUCGGCGUCAAGAGCGUAGUGGAUUUUGAGAGGAUCUAUCGCUACCUGAGCAGCGUCCACCAGCCGAAUGAUGACUGUCAUCUCACCCCCAUGGAGAGUGCCAUAAUGUUGGACCUGCUGAUGUCCCUCCCAGAGGAGCUCCCCCUGCUGAACUGCAACAAACUGCACGAACAUCUGAUCCAGGUGUACCAAUUUCUCUCAUCCACCGCUAACUCCAAGAUGGCGGGAGAAAAGUUUAAAGAGCUGAAGGAUGGACUCUGUGCUCGAGACGGCAAAAGAACAAACCGUCAGCCGAGAGCUGCUCGGACUGCUGAUGGUAGUGACGUCACAGCCUGCGGAGUGAACAAACUGCAGCCUAAUGAAGCUGAGAGCCAAUCGUCAGGGAGCACUAACGCAUCGGGCCAAUCGGGGGACUCGGAUGAGAUGGGACUCUGCCCCGCCCUCAACCCUUUUAUGCUGCCACUGAAACUGUUGAUGCGUAAAUAGGCCAAAAUAUAUCAAAACAAAUGUGCAGUAUGCUUUAGUUGUGUCUCCAUUCUAUGAUUGUACAUUAUAUUUAUGGGUUGUUUAGUCAUCAUUUGUCUCUCAGGUUACUGGGCUGAAUAUCGAACCAGAGAAUCUGGAAUAUUGAAACUUGGCAACGAAUGUCUGGUUCAUCGUCUCGUUUACUUACUCGUUCAAAGUAAAGUUCCUGUUAAGCUACUUUUAUUAAGACAACAUUAAACACUGAUGCAUUGAAAA